CUUCAGGUGAUUCGCCCGCCUCGACCUCCCAAAGUGCUGGGAUUAGAGGCGUGAGCCACUGCGCCCGACCCCAAGCAAACAGCCACCACUCAGCCAGCUAUUCCGCAAACUUCCUCGCAUCCACACAACACUUCCUCCUCCCUUCCCCGGAAACGGAAAGAGGAAAGGAAAGGUAAGGCCCACAACUCAGGGCUUAAGGAUCCGUUUUCCUCAGGUUUCCUGAUGGGCGGGGCCGAGUGGCCGGCGCCGACUGGCCGGGAGAGCCGUCGCUCUUGGCCGACUCCUCUUCCUAUUGGCUUCCCCGGGCACCGCCCCCUGAACAGGGCGGGAGAUUCGGUGUGCCGCACGCAGGCUUCCCAUCCCCCAGCUGGCCUGCGGGGCUCUUUACCUCCUUCGUCGUCGGGCGCGAAUUACUAGAAAUUGGCUUCUCCCAUUGGGGCCGAAGGUGCUUUCCGGCGGCGACUCAGCGGGGUGUCGUUCGGCCGGCUUGAGGCGGCCGGACUGGCGCCAGGCGGAAACCUAGCGGUGACUCUAUCUGAAUUUUGCAGCUGCAGAAUGUGUAGUACCUUAAAAGGUUGGCAACAAUGAGUAAACCAGAAUUAAAGGAAGACAAGAUGCUGGAGGUUCAUUUUGUGGGAGAUGAUGAUGUUCUUAAUCACAUUCUUGAUAGAGAAGGAGGAGCUAAAUUAAAGAAGGAGCGAGCUCAGCUUUUGGUCAACCCCAAAAAAAUAAUGAAGAAGCCAGAAUAUGAUUUGGAGGAAGAUGACCAGGAGGUCUUAAAAGAUCAGAACUAUGUGGAAAUUAUGGGAAGAGAUGUUCAAGAAUCAUUGAAAAAUGGCUCUGCUGCAGGUGGUGGAAAUAAAGUUUAUUCUUUUCAGAAUAGAAAACACUCUGAAAAGAUGGCUAAAUUAGCUUCAGAACUAGCAAAAACACCCAAAAAAAGUGUUUCAUUCAGUUUGAAGAAUGAUCCUGAGAUUAUGAUAAAUGUUCCUCAAAGUAGCAAGGGCCAUUCUGCUUCAGACAAGGUUCAGCCGAAGAACAAUGACAAAAGUGAAUUUCUGUCAACAGCACCUCGUAGUCUAAGAAAAAGAUUAAUAGUUCCAAGGUCUCAUUCUGACAGUGAAAGCGAAUAUUCUGCUUCCAACUCAGAGGAUGAUGAAGGAGUUUCACAGGAACAUGAAGAGGACACUAAUGCAGUCAUAUUCAGCCAAAAGAUUCCAGCUCAGAAUAGAGUAGUUUCAGCUCCUGUUUGCAAAGAAACACCUUCUAAGAGAAUGAAAAGAGAUAAAACAAGUGACUUAGUAGAAGAGUAUUUUGAAGCUCACAGCAGUUCAAAAGUUUUAACCUCAGAUAGAACGCUGCAGAAGCUAAGGAGAGCUCAACUGGAUCAGCAAACUUUGCGUAACUUAUUGAGCAAGGUUUCCCCUUCCUUUUCUGCCGAACUUAAACAACUAAAUCAACAGUAUGAAAAAUUAUUUCAUAAAUGGAUGCUGCAAUUACACCUUGGGUUCAACAUUGUGCUUUAUGGUUUGGGUUCUAAGAGAGAUUUACUAGAAAGGUUUCGAACCACUAUGCUGCAAGAUUCCAUUCACGUUGUCAUCAAUGGCUUCUUUCCCGGAAUCAGUGUGAAAUCAGUCCUGAAUUCUAUAACAGAAGAAGUCCUCGAUCAUAUGGGUACUUUCCGCAGUAUACUGGAUCAGCUAGACUGGAUAGUAAACAGAUUUAAAGAAGAUUCUUCUUUAGAACUCUUCCUUCUCAUCCACAAUUUGGAUAGCCAGAUGUUGAGAGGAGAGAAGAGCCAGCAAAUCAUUGGUCAGUUGUCAUCUUUGCAUAACAUUUACCUUAUAGCAUCCAUUGACCACCUCAACGCUCCUCUCAUGUGGGAUCAUGCAAAGCAGAGUCUUUUUAACUGGCUCUGGUAUGAAACUACUACAUAUAGUCCUUAUACCGAAGAAACCUCCUAUGAGAACUCUCUUCUGGUAAAGCAGUCUGGAUCCCUGCCACUUAACUCCCUUACUCAUGUCUUACGAAGCCUUACCCCUAAUGCAAGGGGAAUUUUCAGGCUACUAAUAAAGUACCAGCUGGACAACCAGGAUAACCCUUCUUACACUGGCCUCUCUUUUCAAGAUUUUUACCAGCAGUGUCGGGAGGCAUUCCUCGUCAAUAGUGAGCUGACACUCCGGGCCCAGUUAACUGAAUUUAGGGACCACAAGCUUAUAAGAACAAAGAAGGGAACUGAUGGAGUAGAGUAUUUAUUAAUUCCUGUUGAUAAUGGAACAUUGACUGAUUUCUUGGAAAAGGAAGAAGAGGAGGCUUGAAGCUUUCCUUUAUUCUUGAACCUCCCAUGGAAGGGUUGUACCCCAGCUGCCACUCCUCUAGUUGAAAGUGUUGUGUUUACAUCUGACAUUAAAUUAUUUUUCCAGCGUACAAGAUUUAAAUUUGGGAAGGGGUGGGGGAUGUCCUCAAUUAGAACUUUUGAUCAGCCUGGCUGGUACCGUCUAGUACUAUGCAGCGGUCCUCAAGUUGGAGAAAAUGUGCCUUUCAUUCAUUACCUCUCUGGAGACUUCUUGCUGGAAUGAACAGUGUGCUCAGGGACUAUUUGGAACUGGAUGUUUUUGAAAUAUUUUAUACUUAGAGAUAUUCUGAAUUUUUUGAGGGCCUUUUAACAACUCCCCGAGCUGAUUGUUUGCAAGUGUGUUUGUUCCAGAGUGUGGAAGUAUAAAGACAUGGGCAUCACGUAAAUUGGCUUUGUUUGCUAUUCUGUGUGUCAGAACCAACGAGCGUAAUGGAGAAGGCAGGUCAUCUCUUACUGUUUCUAAAACAACUUAAAAGGUAUAGAUUGGGAAGAGGUGGGUGAUCCAGCCUUCUCCUUUUGGAUUGAGGCUAUGUACUUGGUGGGGGCAGGGGAGGGAAUAUAUUAUACUACUAUUCAGUUGGGAUAGUGGGAAAAACAAAGAGUAUAUAGGGUAUCUACCCAGCCUAGAAAGCACAGAACAAUACGUCAUAUAUUUGGAACAGUUAAUGUCUGUGCCAUGACCUUCAUGAUACCAGUGAGAAGCCAGGCUAGAGAAAUAAAAUCCUGAAUUACAUUUUAGUAAUUGUUUUCAAGACACAAAAAAUAAAACAUUUCAUUAUUCUUGUAUAUUGACAUAUUUUUCUUUUCCUGAAUAACAUGCAGGUGAGUAGCAUAUUAGUGGUUGGCUGUAAAUUUAACCUUGAUUCCUCUGUCACGUAGACCUAAAACUCACUGUAAGAUAUUUCAGUUUUUUCCUUAAAAUGAUGAUUUCAAGCCUCUUAAAUAUUUGCACGAGAUUUUUUUCUUAGGAAAGAAAAAAAGGCUCACCUUGGCUACUGUUGUCAGCUUACAGUUGUCACAUACUCCCUGAAAUAUCUGACACUUGGAAAUGAAGUUCUUCCUGAAAAUAUCACUGCAAUAAAAUAUGUACUACAUCAGCAUUUCUCACUCAUUUCUUAUCUUGUAAACCUCUUUCAUGAAAAUAUUUCCAAAAAUCCUUGGAAUUUUUAAAUAACUUUUCUUGUGGUAUAUAAUUAAGUAAUUUUGGCUAGGCAUAAUGGCUUAUGCCUGUAAACUCAACACUUUAGGAGGCCAAGGCAGGAGGAUCUCUGGAGCCCAGAGUUUAAGAACAGCCUGGGCAACAUAGUGAGACCUUGUCUCUACAAAAAAUUUAAAAAAUCAUCCGGGCAUGGUGGCCCAUGCCUAUAGUCCUAGCCGCUGUGGAGGCUGAGGCAGGAGGAUCACUUGAACCCAGGGGUUCAAGAUUACAGUGAGCUAUGAUUGUGCCACUGCACUCCAGUACAGGUGCAGAGUAAGACCUUGUCUUUUUUAAUUUUUUUAAAGGCAUUUUUUAAAAAAGUAAUUUUAUGUUAAGUCCAUGGGCUUAGUCUUUUUUUUUUUUUUUUUUAGAUGGAAUUGCACUGUCACCCAGUCUAGAGCGCAGUGGUGUGAUCUAAGCUCACUGCAGCCUCUGCCUCCCAAGUUCAAGCGAUUCUUGUGCCUCAGCCUCCUGUGCUAGGACUACAGGCACACGCCACCAUGCCUGGCUAAUUUUUGUAUUUUUAGCAGAGAUGGGGUUUCACCAUAUUGGCCAAGCUGGUCUCGAAUUCCUGAACUCAAGUGAUCCCACCUCGGCCUCCCAAAGUGCUGGGAUCAGGGGUGAGCCACUGCGCUUGGCCAAGGGCUUAGUCUUAAAUAUAACCUCUAGUCAAAAUGUUUAAACAAAUGUGUACGUGAAUGUGAUUUAAAAAAUUGUUUUAAUAGUACCACAGGAUAUUCAGUGAGUUUCCUGCCCACUCCCUGAUCCACCCAGUUCUUUAGGCAACCACUAAUAGCAUUUUCUUAAGUAUUCUUCCAGAUAUAGCCUAUGCAUAUGUAAAAGUAUCUGUCUCCUUUUAAAAACACAAUUGAUAAUAUAUCAUACUUGCUGGUUUUGCACCUUGCUUUUUUUGCUUAAGAUAUCUAGUUUAUAAUGACCUAACGUGCAAAUUUUUGCAUUUGCCCUAAAUAUCUGCUGGUUUAUUUUUAUAAUUUUUGUGUCUGUACUAUUUGCAAGCAGUAUCUGUCAGUAGACUUUAUUAUUAAUAAAUAAAAAGCCAAUUUGGAUAGAAUCACUUU